UUGAUGCAAAUUCAUAACUUCUGCUGUAACCCUAGCCUACCUUCCCUUCUUUCCUCCACCAAUUCUUCACUUCGCCUUCCUUAUUCUUUUCCUUUUAGUCGACGAUGAAAUUGAAACCUCAUUUCCUGAAUUUGCAUCGCCGGUCAGGCCUUCAAUCGUCUAGUUUCAUCGAUCUCUUCUUCCUUCAGCUUCACCGGACGUUGCAAUGCUAAGACCACUAAGCAACAUCCUCCAUUUUGCUUCCACUCUAUUUCGUCGUAGUCUUCCGUAUCCAAUUUAUCAGUAAACUUGGCACUUUAAAAUCCUCUCAUUGUGCACAGUUUGCCUUAUGGGUCAACGUUUAUUGUCUUAAUCAGAUGAGGUGUUGUACAUCUGCCAUUGUAAACCUGUGAAGCAUUUUUCAAUAAAAACAUCUCUCUCCAAUCGUUGUGACUUCUAUCCCUUAUCUUCUUGAUAAUUUCACCAGCAAAACUAUUCCCUUCCUAAUAAAUUUCAGGGAGGUUAUUACUACAAUACAAACAGCUCUAGCAAACUGUGGCAUCCUGUGUUGUAAGGCACCCACCGCACAAGCUGUUUUGAAGAAACUAUGGGGGAUGGCAAUGCCACAACCAACAAUAGAAGCGUGUCUAACUCCAAUAACAAUGAGAAGCCAGAAUGGCUGCAACAGUACAAUUUGAUUGGCAAGAUUGGUGAAGGCACUUAUGGUCUUGUAUUCCUGGCAAAAACCAAGUCUCCUGCAAAUCGUGGAAAAUCCAUUGCCAUCAAGAAAUUCAAGCAAUCCAAGGACGGAGAUGGUGUCUCCCCUACUGCCAUCCGUGAAAUCAUGUUGCUUAGGGAGAUUUCACAUGAAAAUGUUGUGAAGCUUGUGAAUGUACACAUUAACCAUGCUGAUAUGUCUCUGUAUCUGGCUUUUGAUUAUGCCGAACAUGAUCUUUAUGAAAUCAUUAGGCAUCACAGAGAUAAGGGUUCUCAUUGUAUUAAUCAAUACACGGUGAAAUCAUUGUUGUGGCAGCUGCUCAAUGGACUGAACUAUCUUCAUAGUAAUUGGAUCAUACAUCGAGAUCUCAAGCCAUCAAAUAUCCUAGUUAUGGGUGAGGGAGAUGAACAUGGGGUUGUCAAAAUUGCUGAUUUUGGACUUGCAAGAAUAUAUCAAGCUCCCUUGAAGCCAUUAUCUGAUAAUGGUGUUGUAGUAACCAUUUGGUACCGUGCACCUGAGUUGCUUCUUGGAGCAAAGCACUACACGAGUGCUGUUGAUAUGUGGGCUGUGGGAUGCAUAUUUGCUGAGCUCUUGACUUUGAAGCCACUUUUUCAAGGGGCAGAAGCCAAAUCCACACCAAAUCCCUUCCAGCUGGAUCAAUUGGACAAGAUAUUUAAGGUCUUAGGCCAUCCUACACUUGAGAAGUGGCCAACACUUGCAAAUCUUCCACAUUGGCAAUCAGAUUUGCAACAUAUUCAAGGGCACAAAUAUGAAAAUACAGGAUUGCAUAAUGUUGUGCAUCUCUCUCCAAAAAGUGCUCCAUAUGAUCUCCUGUCUAAGAUGCUUGAAUAUGAUCCUCGAAAGCGGAUAACUGCAGCACAGGCUCUAGAACACGAGUAUUUUCGGAUUGAACCUCUACCAGGGCGCAAUGCGCUUGUGCCCUCGCAACCUGGAGAAAAAGUGAUAAACUAUCCUACUCGUCCAGUAGACACAAAUACAGAUUUUGAAGGAACAACUAGCCUUCAGCCUCCACAACCGGUAUCAUCCGGAAAUGCAGUCUCUGGAGGUAUGCCAGGUGGUCAUGGAGUGGCUAACAGGUCUGCUUCUCGACCGAUGCAAAUUGGGAUGCCGAGAAUGCAACCUCAGGUCAUGGCCACUUACAAUAUGGCCCAGGCAGGGAUGGGAGGUGCUAUGAAUCCAGCUGGGAUACCAAUGCCACGUGGUGUUGCUGCCCAGCCUCAUCAGCAGCAACAUUUACGGAGAAAAGACCCACCAGGAAUGGGGUCUGGAUACCCUCCACAGCAGAAAUCCAGACGCCAAUAAGCAAAUGACAAUUGAUUGUGAGCUAUAAUCUAAGUUCAGGUUUUUCAAUCAUGCCACGUAUGUGACAUUUGGUGAGGUGCUGUAUUGUAUGACCUUUUUCUGACUCGGGACCCUCAUCUGUGCUUGAGGAGGUAGCUUAAAUGAUGCCUAUAAGGAGGAACUUUUGAGCUACACAUUCAAAUGGCUAGGAAGGAGAGGGUGCUAGAAUAUGGUUUGUAUUUGGAAUGGUUCCUUGACGCCGGUGGGCUAAAGAAAAUGCCAUUUCUUACCCUUUUAAGGGAUGUAUAUCUGUGUAUGAACUUAAAUGUGAGAGAAAGGCUUCUUCUUGUUGCUCGUGAAGCAGAAUACGCGCAUUCAUUUUGUUUCGAUGAGGUUGAAUUUCACUGAGCUGUUUCUCUGGUUGUGCUCAUUUCCGUUGUCUUAAUCAAUUGACUCUAGCCAUGAUAUGGCAACUGUGGUUUCACUAUGUCAUGUCUCAUGUUCUUAUGAAAAGUGAGCACGAAGGUAUUGGCUGCUGUGCUAUUAACAAUAUAUUUUAAAUGUUAGUAGUGAAUUUGUUAUUGGUUUAGCGGUUUAAU